AUGAACAGGCAUGAGAAAUAGGAAGUCGAAUAAGGAUUGCGCAAUCUUUUAGAAGAAGUAUAAGACUUUAACAUAUUACAUCAGAUGAUGAUAUUUUGUAACGAGAAGAUCAAUGGCAUUGAGAAUUGGAGUUGUCAGGAUCUGAUACAGCGAAUUAGCAAGUUGUCUCGAUAACUGAGGAACAGCAAUCUGGAUUAUAAGAAGUUGGAAUCUGUAUUGCAAUAAUAGGAAGCAGACAUCCGAAAUCACAUAAGUGUAUGAAGACAUUUUUAAUUUUAGUUAGAAUAGUAGAUGAAAUUGUAUUAGGAUGGAUUAUAAUCAAAGUUGGAGGAGGCUAAUCAAGAAAUAAAGAGAUUACAAGAGGGUCUCUCUAGAUUAAAGAAAUCUAAGUAUGAGUAAAGUAUGAUAGUUGUUAAUCAGAAUCAAAGAAAAAGGAUUAGAGUAAUGAUGGGUCUACCUCUUAGAGGUAAAUUUCUCCAAAGAAGUUAUCCUCCUUCUCUCAACAUGGAGGUUACACCUCUCAUAGAAGCUCAUGUGAUGAACUCUUUAAGAGAUACAAUAAGCUAUUGUAACAAUAGUAGGCCUCUAAUAAUCAACGAUCAAAUAACAUCUAAAUUAGUUAAUAUAUGAUGAAAGGCCGAUAGACUCUAGCUGAAAUAUGUAAUAUACAACAAAACAGAAGUUAGACAAAACAUAAUAAUAGUGUAAAUAAGAG